GCUGGAGGCUUUGUCAGUGGAAAGAUGAGGAAGUCAGACUUUUGAGAAUAUAUUUGACCAGGAAAAUUAAAAUGGAGAAGAAUUGACUUGUUGUUUCUUUGAGUUUACAUAAGUUGUAAUCUCAUUCCUAAAAUCAGAGGUAUAUUAAACGCCAAAAACUGUUCUCUGCACAGGUUCCAAUAUGAUAUCAUGGCAGAGAAACUAGCAGGUGGCAAGAUGGUCUUAGCUAAACCUUUGCAGAUUCAGGAUUCCCACAGUAGCUUUCUGUUUCUUGGGCUACACACUGUAGCACCCUCUCUUGUGGCUUAGAGCCUUUGUGUAUGUUUUGAAAAAAUUUCAAACUGGAAGAACAGUUGCAAGAAUAUGAAUUCCCACAUGCCUUUUGUCUGGAUUCACCAAUUGUUAACAUUUUGCCACAUUCACUUUACCACUCUUUAUAUAGUGUUACUGUUUUAUUUUUGUUCAACAGUUUAAGAGUAGGUUGCAGACAUCUGGAACCUUAACGCCUAAAUACAUUAGCAUGUAUUUCCUAAAACCAGACAUUCUCUUACGUAGUCAUAGUACAGAUGAUUAAAUUCAUAGUACAGAUGAUUGAAUUCAAGUUUAACAUUGGCACAAUGGUAUUACCUAAUAUAUAGUCUAGGUUAAAAUUUUUCUAAUCAUUCCCCAAAUGUCACCUGUGUUGACUUUUUUUCUGAAUACAAGAUUGUGCACUGAUUGCCUUUAGUUGUCAAGUCAAUUUUAUUGCUUUGGAACAUGUUUCGCUUCUGUUCAGAAUUAGAGGGUGGUUUUUUGACGCAUCUCCUGCAAAUUCUGUUGAAUUAAAAAAAAAAAGACUGGGGAUUUCAAGGUGGCUGCUUGCUAGAAAACAAAUUACUCAGGUAAGAAAAACUUUUUUGUUUUUAAUUUUGAAAAAUUUGGCUGGGUUUUGGUGUCUUGACUCAGCAAAGUCUAUACUGCAGCAAGGCUUGGUAAGCAUUAAAGGGGGUACUGAAGCUUUCCUUUAUUUCAUAAUCCCGAUUGUUUUUCUAGAAACCAUCAAUAGCCUCUAAAUGACUGACUCAAUUUUUGGAUCCUAUUCUCAUGACUAAGCAAAUGUUUGAUUUGAAACCAGCCCAGUAUAAAUGUCUCUGUGCCUCUAACUCUGUAGCUAUUCCUGGCUUUCAGCACUGGGGAAACCAAUCUAUGCACCCAAAAUGUCUAAAGUUGGAACCAAGAUUACUUUCUAUGAAGACAAAAACUUUCAAGGCCGCCACUAUGACAGUGAUUGCGACUGCACGGAUUUCCACAUGUACCUGAGUCGCUGCAACUCCAUCAGAGUAGAAGGAGGCACCUGGGCUGUGUAUGAAAGGCCCAACUUUGCCGGGUACAUGUACAUCCUACCCCGGGGCGAGUAUCCCGAGUACCAGCACUGGAUGGGCCUCAACGACCGCCUCAGCUCCUGCAGGGCUGUGCAUCUGUCUAGCGGAGGCCAGUAUAAGAUUCAGAUCUUUGAGAAAGGGGAUUUUACUGGUCAGAUGUAUGAAACCACUGAAGACUGCCCUUCCAUCAUGGAGCAAUUCCACAUGCGAGAGGUCCACUCCUGUAAGGUGCUGGAGGGCGCCUGGAUUUUCUACGAGCUGCCCAACUACCGUGGCAGGCAGUACCUCCUGGACAAGAAGGAGUACCGGAAGCCCAUCGAUUGGGGUGCAGCCUCCCCAGCCAUUCAGUCUUUCCGUCGCAUUGUGGAGUGACGAUGUGGAUGGGGCCACAAGCUUCUUCCUGGGGGCCAAAUGCUGGCUGGCCUUGUCGUCCAAAUAAUCAUCAUAAAUAAAACAAUUGGCAUGCA